GUCUUUUAUAAUCUUUCAUUUCCGGCAUGAAGACCUCGAAACAAAGGAUGAAAUGUUUGUGGUGACGUGACGUUAAAGUUAUUUUUAAUUUAUCAAUAAUAAUGACUAGAUUUGUCGAACGAACAUUAGUCGUUCUUGGUUUGCGAGAGAUGUGAUAUUGAUUGCAAGGAAAUGUGAUAAAUUCAGGUUUGGCAGUUUGCUAAAAUGCAAUGUGAAAUUCGAGGGAUGCGAGAUGUCGCCGAAGGAGCUCCGCCUGGCACUGAUACUUUGCCUAGGCCUGGUCGUGUCAAUGAAGUGUGCCGGGAGUGGCUGGUGAAGGAAGAUGGCGCCCUGGCGACCCGCCUGCAGACGGAAGAAUUCCAGCAGCACUACACGGGCAACAAGUCGCGCAACGCGCAGGUGCGAGAGGACUUCCCCCGGGCGCGCGAUGAGCAGCGACGCGAGGAGGAGACUGCGGCCGCCGUGCGCAACAUGUACCGCCAGAUAGUGUUGCAGCAGGAGGAGGUGGACGCCACGGUGGCUCGCCAGCUGGCCGAGCGGCUCGAGCGGGAGGAGAGCGAGCGUCGCCGCGCACUCGAGGAAGAGGACAAGCUCAUGGCCAGGCGCAUGCAGGCUGUUGUGCAGGAGCGCGAGAGGCAGCAGCUGCAGAGGAAGUCUGCGGCCCUGCCCGACGUGGCCCAGAUCCACUAUGACCGCGACAUGAACAGCGUGGGUCUCCCCUCCCCCCCGGAGCUGUCCCUCGCCGAGCAGUUCAGGGUCUGUGCCCUGAGCGACGCGGCCGUGCAGACCAACAGCGGCUACGCCAGCCCCGACGCCUCCCCCCUCGGCGACCUCGAGGAGGAGCAGGCUCGGCUGCUGCAGGAGCAGCGAGAUGCCGAGCUGGCUCGCAGGCUCCAGGAGCAGGAGGGGGGAGUCCAGCGACUGUCCAUGCUGGACCAGGACCGCCUCAUGGCCAUCGAGGCCCAGGACAAGGAGCUGGCCCGUCUGCUGCAGGAGAAGGAGCGGGCGAAGGCGCGGCGGGCCCGAGAGCGAGCCAGGCAGCGCGCCCUCUCCAAGCGACAGGGGCAGGGAGGGACCUCCGAGGACGAGGGCGCUGCCCUGACGUCGCCGGCCGGAUCCCUCGCGGAGUGGGCAGAGCCGGUCCCCCUGCACUCCACCGCCGUGCGCCCCACGGAGCUGGACCUGUCGGGCCCUCGCAGGUCUCGCCACAGGUAUCAGGACCCUGAAGCCAUCGAGGUGUGUCACUCGUCGCCGGAGCCGGGGCCGUCUCACGGCCUGCCCAACAUCGCGAUGGUCAUCGACCCCACCUACCCCCGGCGGGCCACUGUCGACACCCCGCUGGGCAGUCCCCCGGUCGCCAUCCCCCCGCAAGUGUACGAGGAGGAGGAGGACGAUAGCCCGGUGCCGCCCUACAUGCCGAUCCAGGGCCAGCGCCGCAUCGCCUCGCUCGAGAAGAAGGGCCGGCGCGGCAGGUCCAAGGACGCCUGCAAGCAGCAGUAGCCGCCGCCGCCGCCGCCACUGCUGUCCAGAUACAUUAUUUUUGCUAUUUGUUUGUCGUGGGUGUCCCAAGAUUGUGCCACAUUUCAAUGAUGUGAGAUUAUUUUUAUGGCAAUUUUUCCCGAGGUGUCUGCCAGGGGUCCGAUACCACUUUGCGUUGCUCGGUGUGUUGACUGAGGGGUAGGUUCCACCUUCCUUUCUGCGUGACGUGCGCUCGUCAGUGCUUUUUGGUGUGUUUCUUCGUCCCACCAUGGAGAAGCUUGUCUGCAUUUUCUUGCUUGUCUCGAAAGAAGUGAAAAGUUAUGCAUUCCAUUUUUUUUAAAAUUGUACUUAAAGCAUGCUCUUAAUUUACUCGACUUUUACAUAUUUUAUUUGUACACUUUACUUAUUUAUAUGUUAAUUUUUUUUUGAUCUGUUUCAUUAAUGAACUUGGUUCAUUGGCUUUAAAUACUCGUGAUUUUGCUACUACUACUAUUUUUGAUUUCUAUGUCAUGCAUUUAUCCCAAAAAUAUAUUUAUAUUAUUUGUAGGGUUUGUUUAAUUUAGUGUGUACCUCUUAUUUGUGUUCUCUAGUUUAGCCAAAAAUAUAUAUUUUUUUUGUACUGUAACAUAACAAGUUGCACGGGCGGCUCCAGGAUUUAUAUUUGGGUAGGUUACCAAGUUUGUACAGCAGGGGCGUAUGUACAGUUUUGGAAUCCUGGGCUAUAGCAGCAGUCUGGCCCCCAUAUCAGAGAGUGGUCUGGGGGAAAUUAAAAAAAUUCAUAUGAAAAAAGUUUUGUUUUGUGCCUUUCUGUGGGUAAUUUAUUUCUCUCUGAAGUCCUAUAUGAAUAAUAUAUUAAUCAUUAUUAUAAACAUAUAAGUGUAUGUCAACAAAAUACACUUUAAUACCUAUAAUGGCCACAAACCUAAUUGACAGGAUUAAACUUGUGUUCAUAUAAGUUGAAUAUUACAACACAACUCGGACAUUAACAGGCAAAUACAGCAGAACCUCGAUGAUACGUUCCCGUUUCAUACAUUUUCCCGUGUCAUACGCAGAUUAAUUUUGGUCCCGCCGAAAGUUAUAUAUUUACAAUGGUUUACUUUCCCGGAACAUACACUUAUAAAAUCUUUAAUUUCCCGUUUCAUACGUUUUUACGAAGCGGAAAAGUCCUAAAAUUCACAAAUUUUUUUGUUAUAUUCCUCCUGAUAAACUACGUUUUAAUGCUUUUAUUUUGAAAAACGUUCAUUGUUUACCUUUGCAAACGUAAGAAAAUAACUUUAUCGCACCAUAGAUAUGGAUAGUAUCGGGAAGACUGUGCACUUCGCUUUAGCAUCUAUGGCCAGCACCAAGCGAAACUAGUGGCGCGAAUGAUAUUGAAAAUGGUGCACGCGAUUUACCAAGGCACGGAUCUCAUAUUUUGUGCAUUCAUUAAUCUUUGAACUGAAUAUACUUGUUUUUUAUUGUUUUCUUACGAUCGGAUUGUUUUAUAUUUUACGUUUCUCAAGUUAAAAUUUUAUUGAAAAUUGUUCUGUUGCAUAAAGUUGUUUGUUAAAUGAAACAAACCAGCAAAAAUUUCUGUUUUUCUUUUUACAAUAGCCUAAUUUUUUUAUUUCUAAUUUAGGUUUGGUGACUUUUCCCCUCUCCAAGAAAGGACUGCUUUACUUGAUUAUGGACUGUAUUUUACAUUUCUGGUAAUGUUAUUAUAUGUAUAUAUAAUGAUGAAUUCAUAUCUUUCAUUAAUAUGAUGCAAUUAUUUACACAUUAUGUAUUUAAGUUUAAUCUGACAUCGGGCUGGUAUGCUAGAUUGAAAUUUUUUUUUAUUAUUGCCAUUCCCUUUUCAUACACUUUCCCGCAUCAUACACCAUUUUUGUGCCCUCCGUUGAAAAGUGUAUGACAGGGGUUCUACUGUAUAUAGUUUAACUUCAUUGCAAACUGCCCUGCUCAGGAGGGCAGACAAUUAAAUUUUUAAUGAAAAUAAGAUUGACUUUUCUUAUAGUUUUCAAAUAAACCUAUUAUUUAAUAUGAAUUUUGUAUUUUUAUUAAAUGUUUUACGUCAAAUUUUCAGUUGUGAAAAUGUUGGGUAGGCCCGGGCCUCCCUGUUGGUGCCGCCACUGAUUUUGGGUGCAGUCGUAUCAAUUUUAUUACAUUGUUAUUUAUUUUAGAAGUUUUGUAUUUUGUAACAUCAAAAAAAGUGUUAUAAUGAGGGAUGGGAUUUUUGAAUCUUGGAUUCGUCGAAUAUACCGAAUCCUAUGGAUUCGAGGAUUCGUAGGAUCCGAGGUGGGAUUCGAGGUGGGUUUUUAAGAGUUUUAGGUAGUAAUUGAAAAUUGUAGUGCUGGGCGAAGUUAGAAAAUUUCGAACCGAACCGAACCCUUACGUUCGGUUCGGUUCGAAACCUCUUAAAAUAUAUUCGAAAAACCGAAAGUUCGUUUAAAAAAAAUUACGUUUUUCUAAUUUUCUAACCCCCAUUUGAGACCAUUCACAAAACAGCUCAACAAAAUUCUAUUACUUGUAAUAUUCCGACUUUUAUCGCAUAGUCGUCGCCUCAACAGUUUCAAGAGCAAACAAAAUAAAAAUAAAAAAUUAUUAAUAGUCGCAUAACUCGCAUAGCAUUUUUUCAUAUAGGCGCGCUUUGUUUUUUGUUUGCUUUAGAGAAUUUUGUAUGCAUUUGUCGUACUAGGUAAUAUAACCUAUCGUACAAAUGCCAAAGGUAUUGUACAUUAUACCUUUAACUAUAGUGCGUGUACGAGAAGUGUUGUAAAAUCACCAAAGAUUGCGUACCCCAUACGUUAAACUAAAGCGCAUGUACGAGAACUCUCGUAUUUCGGCAAAACUAACGUGAUCAAGUUAACACAAGACAAAUGCGAUAGGAAAUGAUUACGUAAAUUACGUAUUUUAAAUUACUAGGAUGUAUUUAUUUUCUUUUGCCUUUUUGGUUAUAACAGUCAGGUAAUGAAAAUAUUAAUUUAAUCUUGUGUAUUAAAAGUACUGGUCCAGUAAAUUUUACAGUACGGUACUAAGUUGACUAGCGUAGUCGCGGCAGCCAUCAUUAUUUCUCGUGUUUUCUUUUUUCCGACGCAAAUUUCUAUAACCACACUUUUUACGUUACGUUUACAAUAUUAUUGUUCUUGAGGUGAAUUGCGAUGAGCAGGCUAACGUCGUUUAAGUUUUCCAAAUUGAGAAAAGAUAAUGACGACCUGGAUGACCCAGAACCACCCCAAAAAACCGUCUAAAGUUUCUUCUGACGAGCAGCAUUCUUCCAAGAAAACAGCAACUGCAGACAGCGGGUUUUGUAAUGUAGAUAGGUAACUUAAUUCACAUUCGCCUUUUUUUAUGUUUUAUUAAAAAGUUUUACUUAUUAAAAAUGUUAGGUUAUGUCUACCACAAAAAUAUGUAGAUAGGUAACUUAAUUCACAUUCGCCUUUUCUUUGAUGUCCUAUUAAAAAGUUUUACUUAUUAAAAAUGUUAGGUUAUGUCUACCACAAAAAUAUGUUAUGUGGCCUUAUGCUGAAUGUUCGUCAUCUUUAUAUUUUUUUUAAAUGAAGGUUAGUGUACACUGAAAAAGGAAGAUAGUCUUUUUGAAAUUUAGAUGUAACUUCUUCAUUAAUUAAAAAUUGGUAUAUAUAUAAGCUAAGCUAUAUAAUGUUUUAAUUUUACAUAUGGCUGGAGAACCUUUCUUUUUCACCACUCAGUUAAAGACCAAAAUGCUGGUCAUCGGUUCAUUUUAAUUCAAAACCAUUAUUUCUGUAUGAGGUUCGGUUCGGCUCGGUUCGAAACCAGAGAACUGAGGUUCGUCCAGCUCUAGAAAAUUGUAUACCUAAACUAUAUUAUAAAGGUAACGGAAAUAGCACAAACUUAAGAUAAAAUAUGCUGCAUUUUGUCAAUUAGCAUAACUACUCUAUCAUUUCCAACCUUCAAUAAUAUAACAUUGCAGAAAAAAACGUUACUUUUUUUAAAUGGUGUUCGUUAUACAAACAUAUUUUAUUGAAAACAUAGAAAGGAUUAAUUUAACAGAGAAUUAGACAGAUGCACACUUACAUGUGUGGUUUUUGAGGUUAUUUGUCUCUAUUUUAUAUCAGGUGUAUACACUAUGCACUUAUUUUAUAAUUUUAUAAAUACACAUGUGAUUUUUUUUUAAUACAUAGGCCUAUGUAAUUUUUUAAAAUAAAUGUGUGAUUUUUUUAAUAACAUGUGGUGAAGUUAAGUGUGGGACUGGGAUUCGAGAUUCGAUGACAAACACUGAGGAUUCGAACAAGGAUUCGGAUUCGACCAAAAUGUGGAUUCGUCCCAUCCAUAGUUAUAAUGCUUCAUUAUUUGACAUUAUCAAAGAAUAUACUGUGGAACCUCGUAAUUACGAGUACAGGAUACUAGGAGACCUUCGAAGUUGACUGUUUCGUAAAGCACUGUCAGUUUGACUACGUAAAUCAUGCUAAAUUAAACGGGGAUUAUGGGCGCAAGGUUUGGUCGCACUGACCACUGUCGUCACUGACCACUGUCGUCACUGUAACUUUCCUUCUCCGUCCUCUUGGCAUCAAUCAUUGUAGCUGUAUCCUAGUUCUCAGGUGAAUGUAGCGCCAGUUGACUAUUUGAGUAUAUUUAUUUUGUGUGUGUGUUCUUUUCAGUAGCUGUAGCUGUAUUUAUUUUGGUAGUGUGAGUUUAAAGCUGGUGUUGAAAUGUAUUAGGUUGGUUGGUUGAGUGCAGCUACAUCUCUAUCGUGUUUGUUGCAAAGGCUCUGAAUGUUAUAAGUACCCCUAGAUUGUAAAGGUGCUUGUGUUCUAUGUUCAUGUUAUUGAAAGCAUUAAUAUGCUAUCCCAUAUUUUGUAAAAUGACUUGGUAUUACUUUUGUAGCCAAAAAAAUUGGAGCUGAGAAUAUAUUUCCUCUGAUAUUUACAUUGCAA